GUUAUAUGUGUGUGCGCGGGUCUUGACAGGCAGCACACACACACACACACACACACGAUACAAGAGAUCACGUUCGUCUGAUUGGCUGUCUCUCUACAAAAGGAGCCGCUAGUCUUCUGCCCACCCCCUGUUUAUAGCUCUACUCGGUCAGAAUUUCCUUCCUUCCACUGAAAGUAGGCUAUUCAUCCAGAGCACCAGGUCUCACCAUGGCAGCUAAUGAUUACCGAGGCUACCUGAGGAACCACUCCGACACGGAGAGCGCUCAGCCCCGCUACCACCCGUCCCAUGGCUCGGAACCCACCUAUAGACCGCUUAUAUUCGGAACUCUUGCUAUUAUGGGAUUUCUGCAGAUUGCAUCGAGUGUGGCGAUCUUGUUACACUUGACAGGUUAUCUUCAAGAGGUAGACAUCUCCUCUGCCCCACAGCAGCCAAUAGAGGAAGUGCAGACAGAACCGAUCAUUGCUGAUGCCCUGAGGGACCCGAGAAAAGGCAGACAACGCUGCAAAAACCAGGGGAGGGAGGGGCUUCCAUCAGCUCAUCUACCAAUCAAAGUGACCAUCGACUACGUGAAGAGUAAGCUCAUAGAAGUAGCCAACAAGGGGGAGCUGAGAGCAGCUAUGAUCCAUUGGGACGAGGCGCAGGGCCACCUGAAGAAGAUGCGUUACCAUGACGGCCGUCUCCUGGUGGACGAGUCAGGCCUGUACUACGUCUACGCCAAGACCUGUUUCCGCUACUACGACCUGGAACCUGAGAUGGAGCCCAGCGACGCCCCUGGACACGCCCUCGCCACAACCCAGACCGUGGACGUAAACAACGCCCAGCUCAUCCAGUACAUCUCCCAGGAGAAACACACGUCCUCGCCCAGCAAGUCUGUGGUGCUGAUGAAGACAGGCAGCACCAUGCGCUGGAAUAACUCUCAGUAUAACAUGUACUGUGCCCAGCAGGGCAGGGGGGUGAUGCUACAGCAAGGGGACGGACUGUUUGUUAACGUGUCCAACGCCUGGAUGCUGGACCCUGAACCGGAGGGGACGUACUUUGGGGCGAUCAAGAUGGGGGACUGAACCCACAUACAGAGAAGGAGGAUGUGCUACUGGACGUUCUGCAGGCGUAACUGCCAAACAACCACAGAGAGACAGAGCACUUACUGCAUGUGAGAUUACUGAAUUUGUAAUUGAUUUGUUUUUGUAUUGAAAAGGUAUGGGCUAUGUUGCUCUUCACCAGAUAGCCUUCUUACCCGAUAGAGAAUGAUGAUAGGCAGUUAUUUAGAUGAGGUGUUAUGGAUACCUCUGGUCACUCACUAGGCCUCAACAAACCACAAUACCCCGUGCACACAUACUUUAGACAAGACAACCAUUUUCCUUGUGGUCCAAAACGACACUGGAUGCUUUUUAGAACGGUAACAUUUUAUACAGCUGAUAGUUAUCAACCACUUAACAUUGUUGAUAUUUGUAAUUCCAGAGAGCGCUUUUGAAAAUGUUCGUUUAUCAGCUAACGACACAGUCAUUCCUCAUCCCUAGCCUGGCUCAUCAUAGUUUACUAAACAUUGUCAUCGUCUUGAACAGAAGCACAGCUGGGGUACUUUGUUUCUAACGGAGUAGAGUUUUCACCAAUCAUGCUCCUCUGUCUCUCUUGGGAAAGGAUGAAGUAGAGGUUAGAGGGUGAAUAGGAUGUGAUUCAGUAGUGAACACGGUACCACUGUCUGUUCAGACAACAUUUAACAUUACAUAAUGUGCUGUGUAAGAACAGUGAUAUAAAACUGUUCAUUUUUGUUUUCCAAGAAAAUGGAGUACAGAAGUGGUAGCUAAUGGCUCCAUCACUACAUUGACUUCGUUUAUCCAGGAGAGACUUGGUGUCAUCCCUCAUCCCAGUAACUGAGGGGAACAUAGUUGUGGUUUGGAUCAAAUGUUUGUUUUCUUAUUUUGAUUUGUUUUUCCCCAAACUAUAGUAUUGAACUCUCCUUGCCCUGUCUUUGGUAGUUUAUACGAGUAAUGAUAAUCACAAACAACUGAUGUAAUGACGCAAACUGAAGAUAGCUGGCCUGUCUUACCGUAGGGGACGAGAGCAAAGAUUCUUGUCUUUAUGAAACUAGCGGAUCCAGAUUGACUUUGGUCCACCUUUAAUUUAUAGUUUCUUUUUUCAUUUUACUCUUUGAGAAGGUAAAUGGGAAUAUGCACUAAAUGUAUUUAUUUGACAUAAAAAUGCAGAUAUGUACCAUUGGUUAAAUGAUCUGUCUGCUGUAAAAGCAUGUAUAUUUGAUGUCUGUAUUACAGUAGGCCGUACUUAGUUUAUCAGUAGAUGCGCUUUUUAUGUUCAAACACAGGGGCUCAAUGUUGAAAUCUGUAUUUAUGUCUUUUUUAUUUAGACAAUUCUGUGUGCACUUGCCUAGCCGAAGCAGAAUAUACUGUCCAUCAUAAGGUUGUAGCAAACUUUUAAAUCUUCAUCUUGUUAAAAAAAAAAAAAAAAGAUGUUUAUUUAUGUCAGUUUAACUAAUAAAAUCAUUACUUUUCUAUA